AGUGUCCGGAAGAGCAAGAAAAGUGGUAAUCAUGUCGGGAGAACAAUUGAUUCCCGAAAAUCUUUUAAAAGAUGCGAUAAAACCAAAGGACGGUGAUCAAUUAUUUAGCCAGGAUGAGGGAUUCACUGCGCUUAUGGGAGACGAUGAAGAUACGGUUGCUUUUGUAUUUCAACAUGUUAAUCCUGAAGAGGAUGGUACAUUGACGAGCGUAGCUAAGACGACUAGAGGCAUUCUAAGUUUUGGGGCAGUGGUACAAGGAGAAGUAGAGCACGAAGUUAGUACUACAGAGAAAAGCCCAGGUGUGAAACGGAAACCAUUCAGACAUUGGAAGCCUUCUCUCAUAGUGGAAAAAACUGAAGUAAUAUGUUUUGAAGGCGAUCAGGCUAUGUUGCAGGUUCAAGUUAAAGGAUAUCCAAAACCUGAUAUGAGAUGUAUCUUUAAAGAUAUUCCAAUUAAGCCAAGUUCUAAAUACAAAAUAUAUCAUGAAAAUGAAGAACAUAUUUUGCUUCUGGUUAUAAAAGAUACUAAUUUGGAGGAUGUAGGUAUCUAUACCAUAAUGGCAGAAAAUGAGAUUGGAUUUGCUUCAGUUGACAUAAAAUUAACUGUAAUACGACAGAGAUAUCCUGAAAUAAAAACAAAAGUUGAUGAUUUUUCUGUAUGUGUCGGUCAAGUUCUUAUUAUACCUAUUGAAGUAGAUGGGCUUCCAAAACCAGAAGUCAAGUUUUUGAAAGAAGGCAGAGAAAUUGUGCAAUCCGAUAAUGUAAAAAUUCUGGACAGUUAUCCGCUGUUUACUUUGGUUAUCAACAAAACCACCCUGCAGGACAGCGGUAUCUAUUCAGUUGCUGCAAUAAACAAUCUAUCUGAGGUAACUGAAUAUUGGGGACUUUAUGUAUAUACUAAGCCUAAUUUCAUACAAAAACUAGGUCCUCAUCUGAUAGUAUCCCAAAACGAAACUGUAACGUUAAAGACAAAAUUUUUAUCCGAACCAAGAGCUACAGUAAGGUGGCUUAAGGACGACCAAGAAAUAUUCAGUAGUCAAAGACUAAUUAUUGACGAUGACGAAGGCUUUUAUUUCCUAAAAAUUAAAGAUAUAGUUAUCCAGGAUGCAGCUGUUUAUAAGUUUACAGCCGAAAAUACCUACGGGUUCAUUGAAGACUCGGUGAGAAUUGAUGUUAAAAAAGCACCUACAAUUUUGGAAGCAUUUGAGGAUGCAGAAGUUCUGGAGCAAGACGUUUACCAUAUUAUACACACAGUUGAGUUUGGAAUCAAACUUGAAGUAUUUCCUAAACCUUCUGUAAAAUGGUUUUUAGAUGGUAUCGAGUUAUUAUACGAUCGUCAAGAAUUUACCAGAAUAGAAACACUGGAUACAGUAAAACUGAUAGUUAAUGAACCGACAACGCAUUUAUCUGGUGAAUAUCGUUGUAUUAUCAGUAAUGAAUGUGGAGAAGCAGAAGCCAAAGCAAAAUUAACUGUCAACUGUUCUCCAAGAAUUCUGGUCCAUCUUAACGAUCAAACUGUUGAAGAGCAUUCCAGUAUUUAUUUCGAAAUAGUAUCUAGAUGUUUUCCCGCGCCUAGAUUUAAAUGGUUCAGAAAUGGACAAGAAUUGGAUACAGACGACCGAAUUCAAAUGGGACUUGAGAUGCAUGGCAAAAAACAGUACAAAAUUAUUUGUUCCGUUAGUGAAAUUUCUUAUGCAGAAAGGGGAGAAUAUGAAGUAGAAGUAAUCAACUCAUUUGGAUCGAUUAGAAGUCGAUGUGCUGUAAACGUACUGACUAAACCAGUUAUACUUGAAGCCCAAAUGAAUGACAUGGUCAUAAGAGAAGAUUCGGAUAUUACUUACACAGUAAGGGCGUUUUCUAAUCCCCCUCCCGAAGUCUUUUGGACAUGGGAGGGUGAAUUAGUAAAUAUGGACGAUUUGAAAGACAAAAAUAAGUUGAUUACGUCCAAUAAUGGUAUGGAUUUUAGAAUGGGAAUUAGGAAAGCGAAAAUGGUGGAUGCGGGAACGUAUCAGUGCGUAGUGAGAAAUUCCGUUGGACAAACAAAACAUAGAGCCGCCUUAGCUAUUGUGAGAAAAAAACAUGACGAGUCAGAUGAUUCUUAAGAAUAUAUUUUGAUUUUGAUCCUACAGGGUGACAAUAUGUAAAGUCACAAUCGAGGAAUAUCUCUAAAAACUACUUUUAGGAAGAUUUGAUCUUAUUUAAUGAAACUUACCUUGCAUGGCAGAUAGUUUAUAAAGUUCGUUACUUUUUCUUUACAACCUUGUUGUAAAUUUUAUGAUUCAUUUUUUAAAAAUUGUAAUUUUGUCUCUCAGUUAGACAAUCUUAUUUUUUAUAAACUUCUCCAAAGAAAAACCAAUGUUCCCUUCUAAUCUUCGAUAUAUAUUUGAUAUAUUUCUGGUUGUCUAAGAGAUAUUUCCAAUUUAUAAUUUUCAAAUUUGUCAGCCUGUAAAUGCUUUUUUGUUAAAAGUCUAUCAAAUAUUCUUUUAACGGAGUAUUUUGAAAU